AUGGCGUCUGUAUGGCAUGACGGUCUCGUGGAAGCCUUCCCAGUACCCGUGACAAAGCUCCACAGUGCACCAUUCAACAGCCCACGCAUUGAAGAUGCCAUCAAAGCCUUGACUCUAUCACCACCUGCUACCUCUCCAUUCCCCUUCUUCUCCCUCCCGGCCGAGAUCCGCAACCGGAUCUACUCCCUUGUCCUUUUCAGCCCCACCAAAUCCCGCAAACCGUCCUCCAACCGCCCUCCGCCGACCUCCCUCUACCUAAUCUCCUCCCGCACCCACCGCGAAGCCUCCUACAUCUUCUACACAACCCAAACCUUCCGGCUCUUUCCCCUCCAAGAGUUCAAACCCCUCCCCACCGUCUCCGAGCUCCCACCCCGCUACCGCUCCCUCAUCACCAACACCGAAUUAAUCCUCGGUCCCGGCUGGACCGCACCCCCCAAAUCAUGGAAAGUGACACAGCGCAUGGCAAAGAUACUCAGACAGUUAUGUCGGGUUAGGUGCUUGAGGGUGUUUGUGGAGGUCGAUCCGUCGCAUCCGCUCUUUGCGCGGUUCAGGGUGUCGCAUGGCUUUUAUACCGAGUUUGCGGGCAACCUGCUGAGGGUUGUGUUGGUGGCGAUGCCGCAGGUCGAGUUUGUGCAGUUGGAUGGCAAUCCGAGCGUGCAGAUGGAUGGGCCGCUUGUGGUGAGGUUGAGGACGGAGAUUGAGGGGCAGGGGAGGGUGGUGAAAUGGGGCAAGGAGAGGGGCUGGUCGGCUGCUGAUCGGGAGGGGUUACAGGCUGAGAUUAAGUCAGAGGAUGUAAACGACUGGACGGCAGAGACGCAAUCGUCAAACGAGAUGCUACCUGAGGUUGGCACGGCUUCGGCACGAGGCGAAUAUACUAGUGGGAGUUGA